AUGGUCAAGUCUAGCAUUCUAGGGUUUCCCCGCAUCGGUGGAAACCGUGAAGUCAAAAAAGCCGUUGAGGCCUACUGGGCCGGAAAACUCUCUGCGGAGGAGCUCCAGAAGGCUGCAGCAGCCACUAGGAAGGCGAGCUGGGAGUCUGUUAAGGCUCAAGGCGUAGAUUUUAUCCCAAGCGGUGACUUCUCGCUCUAUGACCACGUUCUUGACCACUCUGCCGAGUUAAACAUUAUCCCUCACCGUUAUCUUGGUCAGCACCUGACGCUUCUGGAUAUCUACUUCGCCAUUGGUCGUGGUCGUCAAGCCGACGGUGUGGACGUUCCCGCUUCUGAGAUGAAAAAAUGGUUUGAUUCCAACUAUCACUUUGUUGUGCCUGAAUUCUCGCAGUCCGUCGAACCAAAAUUGAACUACAACAAGGCCUUAGAGGAGUACAAGGAAGCUAAGGCUCUUGGCAUCACAACACGUCCGGUUGUACUCGGACCUCUUUCAUUCAUCUUGCUUGGAAAGAAGGCUCGCGAUGCUUCACCCGACUUCAAACCCAUCGAUAUCCUCCCCAAGUUGAUCCCAGUGUACAAAGAACUCGUCUCACAGCUCAAAGAAAAUGGCGUUGAAUAUGUCCAAAUUGACGAACCGGUGCUUGUGCUCGAGCUAGCGAAGCAAUACGCGGAAGAGUAUAUUUCCACGUAUACGGAGCUGGCCAAGGUUUCGCCUAAGAUAGUCCUCACCACCUACUUUGGCCGUCUUGAGGAUAACAUUAGCUUCAUUGCUAAGCUUCCCAUCCACGCACUCCAUAUUGACCUCGACCGCGAACCUCAGCAGCUCAACUCCGUCAUCGAUGCGGUUAAGGGUACGAGCAUCUCCCUUUCCCUCGGUCUCGUCUCUGGUCGUAAUAUCUGGAAGAAUGACUUUGGUGCCUCGGUCGCCCUUGCUCAAAAGGCUCUUGAUGCUCUCGGAGCGGACCGUGUCAUCGUCGCCACUUCGUCUUCCCUUCUCCACACUCCCAUCUCUCUCGAAGCCGAGAAGAAAUUGAAACCCGAGGUCAAGGACUUCUUCUCUUUCGCCACCGAAAAGAGUCAUGAGGUUGCGACUAUCGCCGCGGCAUUGUCAGGAUCCCAAGAUCCAAGAAUUAGCUCAGCCCUCGAGGCGAAUCGCGUUUCGAUCGCCAAGCGACGUGAAUUCGAGUCUACUUCGGAUGACGCAGUCCGGAAGCGUGUUGCUGCUAUCACUUCCAAGGAUUUGGAGCGUAAAAGCCCCUUCCCUGUGCGCCGAGAGGCUCAGAAGGGACAUCUAAGCUUGCCCAACUUCCCGACCACCACCAUUGGAUCGUUCCCCCAGACAAAGGAGAUUCGUCAAGCCCGUGCCAAGUUCACCAAGGGAGAGAUCCCCGAAAAGGAGUAUGACGAAUUUAUCGCUAAGGAGAUUGAGAUUGUCGUCCGAUUCCAGGAGAAGAUUGGACUUGACCUCCUUGUGCACGGCGAGCCUGAGCGAAACGACAUGGUCCAAUAUUUCGGAGAACGUCUUAACGGGUUUGUCUUCACUGAGCACGCUUGGGUUCAGAGCUACGGUUCCCGUUACGUUCGCCCACCAAUUAUCAUCUCCGAUGUCAGCCGCCCCAGCCCUAUCACUGUCAGGUGGAGCAAGUACGCUCAGAGCAUUACCAAGAAUCCUGUGAAGGGUAUGCUUACUGGACCUGUCACCAUCCUCAACUGGUCAUUCCCCAUUCAAUCUAAGCAACUCGCACUCUCUCUCCGUGACGAAGUCAUUGACCUCGAGGCCGCUGGUAUACACGCCAUUCAAGUUGACGAGCCCGCGAUCCGUGAGGGUCUGCCUCUCCGUCGAGCAGAUUGGGAUGCCUACCUCACCUGGGCCGUGGACUCCUUCCGUCUCGCGACUGCUGGUGUGAGGGACGAGACGCAAACACACUCACACUUCUGCUACUCAGACUUCAACGAUAUCUUCCCAUCCAUCCAACGUCUGGAUGCAGACGUCAUCUCCAUUGAGGCUUCCAAGAGCGACAUGAAGCUCCUCAGCGCGUUCAAGCAGUACGGGUACAAGAACGAGAUUGGGCCCGGAGUGUAUGACAUUCAUUCGCCCCGUGUUCCUUCGACUCAAGAGAUCAAGGACCGAAUUCGGGAUAUGUUGGAGGCGCUCCCGAGCGACCUCCUUGUCAUUAACCCUGACUGUGGUCUCAAAACUCGUGGAUGGAAGGAGACUGAGGCAUCUUUGACCAACCUCGUUGAGGCGGCCAAGUGGGCCCGUUCUACUUAUGCCUGAUCUGUCUCCAUGGUGCUUCAACAGCGCACUCCCUGAUAACAUCUGCUCCGUGCGACCCGCUCGCCCGCUCCACUCUACCACCUGCUUAAUCUUAUUCAUCAUCGCCUCUGUUAUACUUCACCAAGGUUGGCAAGAACGCAAAAAAAAAAAACUUAUCAAUGUUGUUUGUUUUCAUUUUGCUAGCAUUGUACAGUUACCCCCACAUGCAUGGAUUUCAACAUCCCAAACCAUUCAAUCAUAUCCUGGCCUCUC